ACAAAAGGAAUAGCAAAAUCGCUCUCCGCGUCUUCCCCCAUUUUGUUCUGCAUCAUUUCGUGAAGGACGCGUGGCUCUCAGCGUGGGUCAUCCACGCGGAACACAUUCGCGCUACGUGAUUGGCUGUUGUCUAAUCCCCCUUGAGAUCUGUGGUGUUAAAAAUAACUCGAGACGAAUUACCUAUGGAAUAGGGUGUAUAUGGGGGAUGGCCUCUCUGUCCCCUUUAUAGUCUCUUGAUAUCACGUAAUUCGAAAAAGGUUGCUUUAGAAAUUGGUCAUUAGCAAUCGGGCAUUGGGAGUUUGGGCAUGCAGAACUCACGGCAAUGAUUUGCUUGAGUGACUGAACCAAACUAUAGCUUCCCCGUACGCAACUCCUAAUGCCCAAAGCAACGUCCAUAGCGAGGAGAAGUUGUCACGUCACGUUGCUAUGGUAGCAAAAUUUCUAGAUCUCAACCAACUGUAGCCCUGCAAAUAUGGUUUCCUGUGCUUGAUUGCACUGAUAGCCCAUACUUUUCUUCCAUCGUUCGACAAUCCAAUAGCAAUCUCUGUAAAAAAGAUUGUUGAGAUCCAGAAAUUUUGCAGAGUUAGUUAUUAUUUCGUGCACUUUUGUGUAAUGUGUGAUCAGGCGGUCAUAAAAAUCUAACAGAUUGACAAGACGUUGCCUUGAACUUCUCAAUAGAAUUUAUUUAUAAAUAUUAUUAAAACCUUCAUAAAAAGAGGGAGUCGGAAGUCGGAAAUCGGUGGUUGGAAAUCGGAAAUCGGAAGUCGGAAGUCCCUCAUCUGCUUUCGUAGUUGUGUCCCCUCGUGUGUUUUGUUUUGUUUUGUUUUUUUCAGUUUUCAGCCUAAACGUAUGUACAUAUAAAAAAGCCACAGCUGUAGUUUGUCCUGCAUAAAUAACUGAUACAGUGCCCUUUAUUUCAACUAUACAGUUUUAUCAAUUUAUGAAUCAAACAUUAUUGUAUUGUCCCUCUACCAGCCAGUUGACAAAUGACAUUUUAUUUAUUAAAAACAAAUUGUUCAGAAUGUAUAACAUGUCACCCAUAAUGGAAAUUUGAUUUCUUUAACAAUGACUUUUCCAAACAUGCAUUUUUAUUAUGGCGAAAAAAGCAAACAGCCCGCCCUUCUACACGAUAAAAAAAACUGUUGUUGAUAAAAACUGCCUUCCUUUAUAAUUACUUUUUUGUAGACAGAGGUAUGUUCAUUGUUGUGAUAACACAAAUCAUUAGCUGAAAAUUAAGUAUGGAGCAACUGCGAGAAGAGUUAAUCCUGUAUCUUCUCUUAAGUUUAAACAAUUAUAUAAAUAAUUUUACAAAUGCGUCCCUUACGAAAAAUGCUUAAAGGAUUCGUUGAAGUGCAACGGACCAUGCCAGCCACGCAUUGUGUUUCAUAGUUCCCUUAAAAUAGAAAACAAAGGCUUUAACCAACCCGCAAUAAAUCACAUAUCAAAUGAGCGGGAGAUAUUUCGAAUCUCAUUAUCAAGUCAAAUUUAUGUGUUGAGAUACCACGCAAAUAAUUAACCAGUCUAACAGACAGCGCAGUCGUUUAAGUCCUGCAGUAGGGACGUUUACACAAACUCUUUACAAGUUUAGUAGACUAAAAUCGAAACUUGAAGAACCACGUCAAAGAAUUCCAAGUCAGCCUGAAUACGUUUCCAACGAGGAUUCACACAUUCCGUGGCAAGUUUACAAUCGACGUUUUGCACUGAACAGAAACUAUGUCUAAGAAAGGAGAGAAAGGAGCCAAAACAUCUCUCUCGAUUUUCUCGCUUUUUAGCUGUUGCGUUCAAGGCCGAUCGCGUCCAAAAGUACAGACGAAAAGCACUGAAAGCAUUGAUUUGAAAGACGCUCCACCAGAAGAAGGAAAGGAUGUGUUACAAAAUGGAGAAAAGGGAGACAAAAGAUCUGAUUUGGAACUAGAAUAUGCGCCUCCAACGAGCGAUUCUGUUGUAUCACCAAGCGAUGACUACAAACCAGCAAACUACGAGGAGGCUAGUACUGUCUCUGCAGCACCUUCCAGCGUCGGAAGUGAAGAGGAUCCCAGUUACAACGCACCCGGGAGCGUGCAAGUUGUACAAGAACAAGGCGCAGCUUCGGGAGUUUCUAAGGAGAUCGGGGUAGGCGGACGGAUCAAUCUACAGUUCGUUUAUGAUCCUCAGCCGUCCAAAUUGACCCUCACUGUCCUGGGUGUAGAGUUUCCUCCAUUCCAAAAAUGGAAGAUGGAUGAUUUGGAAGUGAGCUGCAUGCUUCUACCAGUUCGCCAGCAUAGUUUUCGCAUGCGCCCCAAGAAGUUUAAAGACCCUUUCACCAUGGUUCUUACACCAAAGGAUAAGAUCAAUCAUAUGUCUCUGCGAUUUCGGUUGUACGAUCACCGCGGUAUGUCCAAGUUCCUGAUCGGACAAGGAGUGGUGAAUCUCGGAGAGAUCAGGCUUGGUCUGCAAGCAGUCACCAUUGCCCUGGAUAUGAAUAUUCCAGAUACCUACGCCAUCGAUUCUCGUCAACUCUCUAGCAUUACAGGAGAAACUGUUCAACCGUCCUCAGAAGACAGCAAACCCGAGAUCCUUCUUUCGCUAGAAUACCGCUCACUGACGAGGAAACUCAUCGCCGAAGUCAUCAAAACACGUAAUCUGGGCCUCCUGAACAACUCCAAGCCGCAAGAUAUCGCUGUGGAAAUGAAGCUGAUCGGAGAAAAUAACCAGCUUCUACGCAUCUGCCGAACAACCCUGAAGCGUCACGUUAUCGAUGCCGAAUUCAACGAGAUGUUUAUGUUCCGCGUCACCUAUGAAAAGCUGGCGAAUAUCGGCGUUACCUUCACGUUGUUCCGUGUAACGGAGAGGCGAGGAAAGAGAGAGAAUAUUGGCGAAGUUUGUUUUGGUAAGCAGUCAAGUAGUCAUCAACAGCAGAAUCACUGGAAUGAAGUCAUGAAGGGCAGCGAGAGAGUAAUCACGCAAUGGCACCCACUGUUUAAAUAA